AAGGAAGUGACAAUCGUAAACGCGUUGAGUAAUCAAUAGGUCUUCUUGUACACGAAGCUAGUUAUCGUAUCAAAUCGGGGAAUUUAGUGAAAAUCGAACACUUCAGGGAUAAUUCAUGGCAACUGCAACUAUGGCUACUGCAGCUGCCCUUUUGUAUUAUACAUUGAAUCGUAAACUGCAGACGGAUAGUUCUGGUGAUGAUGGCAAUGACAAUGACAAUAACAAUGAAAAUGGAAAUGAUUCCAAUAAUUCUCCAUUGGGACUUGAUCGUGUUUCACAUAGGUUAAUUCAAGCUCCUGCAACAUGGGUAGAGACGAUUUCUACAUUGUCUGAAACUCUUAGGUUUACAUACUCAGAGACUCUCGGGAAGUGGCCCAUAGGGGAUUUGGCAUUUGGGAUCAACUUCUUUUUGAAGAGGCAGGGGCAUUUACAUGUUGCGAGUGUAUUUGGUGGUAAAGAUAGCACUGAGCUCAAAGGGCCGGAUAUAACUGCUGAACUUAAAUUUUUGUUAAACUUGUUGACUUUGUGUUGGCAUUUUUCAAAGAAGCCAUUUUCUUUAUUUUUGGAGGAGACUGGUUAUGUGGAGGAUGAUGUUCUUCUCCAAGAACCCAAAGCAGGAAUUUUGAAGCCUGCAUUUACAAUACUAGUAGACCACAAAACAAAAUGUUUUCUUCUACUAAUUCGCGGAACACACAGUAUCAAGGAUACCCUGACAGCUGCAACUGGAGCUGUAGUUCCAUUCCAUCACUCUGUUGUGCAAAAGGGUGGAGUGAGUGGUUUAGUUUUAGGUUAUGCACAUUGUGGAAUGGUAGCAGCUGCUCGGUGGAUAGCUAAGCUUGCCACUCCUUGUCUCAUUAAAGCGCUUGGUCAAUAUCCAACUUAUAAGGUUAAGAUUGUAGGGCAUUCAUUGGGAGGAGGCACUGGUGCACUUUUAACUUACGUGUUGCGGGAGCGAAAGGAGUUAUCAACAACAACCUGUGUCACAUUUGCUCCAGCUGCUUGUAUGACAUGGGAGUUAGCGGACUCUGGGACUGAUUUUAUUACUUCUAUUAUAAAUGGAGCAGACUUGGUGCCUACAUUCUCAGCUGCUUCUGUGGACGAUUUGCGUGCUGAGGUGAUGGCAUCUGCUUGGCUGAAUGAUCUGAGGAAUCAAAUUGAGCAUACAAGAAUUCUAAGUACUGUUUAUCGAUCUGCUUCAGCGUUGGGUUCUCGCCUUCCAUCUAUAGCCAGUGCUAAAGCAAAAGUUGCUGGGGCUGGGGCAAUUUUACGCCCAGUUUCUAAUGGUACACAGGUCGUUAUGAGGAGAGCACAGAGCAUGGCUCAUGCAGCAUGGAAGCGUCCCACCAUAGAUUUGUCUUCCUGGUCAUGCAUUGGACCCCGUUAUCGUGGCUCAGCUGCUCGAUCAAACUCGAAUGAAGAAGGAAGUCCCAUAGAAUCUAGUCCCAAGAAAGCAGAAACCUUUGAGCCCCUCCCAACACCUUCCCAAAUAAAUUCAUCUUCAAGUACAAAAGAAGCCUUAGAACUUCCUGUGUCUUCAUCAGUUGAAUGGACUACAGAAAUCGAGUAUCCAUGUUCCAAUGAUGAACGACAUCACAAUAGAGAUGUUGAUCUCAAAGAUGGCGAGGAGCUAAUAAGCCACAACUCACAUGAUGACCGCAUGAAUGAAGUUGAGUUGUGGCAACAACUAGAGCAUGAGCUUUACGAUAAGACUGAAAGUGAUGAGGCGGAUGUUGUUAACCAAAUAAGGGAAGAAGAAGCUGCAGCCAUCGCAGAGGUGAGAAGCGAGGGGCAGUCAGAUACUUCAGUUCCGGAAACAAAGGAAGCGCACAGGUUUUUCCCUGCUGGAAAGAUAAUGCAUAUAAUUACACUUCAGUCUGAUGAGGUGGAGUCUGAAGGUGAUAGUUUGAGCUCCAGCGACUCCGAUAACGGGCAAAGGACAAUGGAGCCUAAGAUUGGGAUCUUCCUUACACCAAGAUCCUUGUAUAGUAAAUUGCGGCUUUCCCAGAGGAUGAUAGGUGAUCAUUUCAUGCCUGUUUAUAGAAGACAAAUAGAACAGCUAAUAAAGGAGCUUGAAGAGGAGCAAGCUCAGAAUGUUGGGAACCGGAACCAGGAUCAUGGUGGAUAUUCUGGUGAGGUAGUGUUAUAGGAAAUACUUCCCUCUUUUUUUCUUUUUCCUUAUUUUUUCUGGAUACAAGCAAUUUAUUUUGGGAAUCUAUUUCUUUAAUAUAUAUGUUAAACUUGCAUUUGCUAUAGGGGAAAAAAUCAUAUUAGAUUG